AUGUUGGACCCUUCAGAGGAGCUGGUGCUUAAAGUCAGAAUUCAGAGGCCCAAAGAAAAUGACUUCACUGAAGUUGAACUGAACAGAGGAGAGCUGAGUUAUCAAAAUCUACUAAAAGUGAGUUGCUGUGAAUGAGGGGUUAAGCCAGAGCAAGUGAAGAUCAGAAGGCCACCAAACACGCUGCUCAGAAAGGACAAAGACAUUUUAAGACUACAGGACUUCCAGGAAAUAAAACUCAUUUCAAUGAAAAAUGGAAGCUCUGAAUUGGUAGCACACACACCAUCCCUGACAGAGAAGCCCUGCUUCAACAGCCACGCUGCAAACCUGACCUAUCAGAAAAUCCCAGAAAUGAACAACUCGAAAUCCUUCUGGGUCAACCCUCCCAAACUGCUAGUUGAGAACCACCAGUACUUUGGAAGCACUCGGGUGCUGUUUGACCCCAUUUACCCAUGUUAA